GACUGCCGACGACCUUCGUUCGAGUACGAGGUGCAAGUGUUUUUAGCAAUGGAGGUCUAGCGGAGUAUGUUGUUGUAAAUGCGAAUUCUCCUUUAUUUCACGAGCGGACUGCGUUAUAAAGUUCAGCAUUGGAUUCGGCUACCGACUCUUUCCAUAACCGACACGCCGAAAAGGCCGAAUUUUCCGAGUGAACUUUGAAAUUAGGAUUAAGCGUCAAUAUGGGCUCGAAGAAUAGGAACUCGUUUCGCGUGCCGGAUAUUAUGGUCUUCAGGCCAACUAUGGAAGAAUUUAAAGACUUCAAUAGCUAUGUCUCCUACAUGGAAAGCCAAGGGGCUAACCUCGCCGGCUUAGCCAAAGUAAUCCCUCCACCGGAAUGGAAGCCACGCUCAGGCACUUACGAUAUGUCCGAAAUUGGCCACUUCAAAAUUCCUGCACCCAUCAGCCAAAUCCUGAACGGCGUCGGAGGCACUUACCAGCAAAUCAACCUGCAGAAAAAACCCAUGACGGUCAGCGAGUAUAAAGAGCUGGCGGAAUCAAUGAAGUAUUGCAAGUACAGACCCCCUCUCGGAGACAAUGAAGAAGUUGAGAGGGCAUACUGGAAGCACAUAUUGUACGGAGAGCAAAUUUAUGGAGCUGAUGUCAGUGGCUCCUUGAUGGAUGAUGACCUGAAAGAAUGGAACAUCAACAAGCUUGGCUCGAUUCUUGACUACGUGAGUGAGGACUACAAGAUAAACAUUGAGGGUGUCAACACAGCGUACCUCUACUUCGGCAUGUGGAAGACCACCUUUGCCUGGCACACAGAGGACAUGGAUCUGUACAGCAUCAAUUACCUGCACUUUGGUGAACCAAAAACAUGGUACGCCAUUCCUCCGUCGCACGGACGAAGAUUUGAGCGGGUGGCCGCCGGUCUCUUUCCGGACCACUUCAAGAGUUGCAAGGCUUUUCUCCGACACAAGACGUCGCUUCUCUCGCCUUCCAUACUUAAGGCUCACAGCAUUCCCUACCAAACUAUUACUCAAGAAGCUGGAGAGAUUAUGAUCACCUUCCCGUACAGCUACCACGCUGGCUUCAACCAGGGCUUCAACUGCGCCGAGUCAACAAACUUUGCGUCCAAACGGUGGGUAGAGUAUGGGAAGCGCUGUCUCCACUGCACUUGUAUGAAAGAUUCAGUGAAGAUUUCCAUGGACGUGUUUGUCCGACGCCUUCAGCCAGAGAGAUAUGACCAGUGGCUCCUGGGAAAAGACAUAGGAGAGCACCCCGAAGUGCCAGGACAGAAAAUUCCUGCUCCACUUCCUGACGGAGGCUUUGCUAGGAGGUCACCAGAAAAGAAUGCAGACUUGGUGAAGAAAACAUCUAAAAGACACCCAAUACACAAGCGGCCAGCUUCGCCAUCUCUCAGUCGAUCACCAGAAAGCUCAACAGACUCUUGUGAAGGCGAGGAUCUCCCUGAUGAGCAGGACCUUGCCUAUUUGGAAGAGAUCUACAUAAAAGGUGGUGAGCUUGACCCCAAGGACGCCACCAUACUUGAUGAUGGGCAUGGAAUGCGCCACCACUUGCCAGGAGCUAAGAAACCAAACUCUGAUGAAGAAGCUGAAUGGCUUCCGUCAAGUGUUAAGAAAUCACCAAAGAAGAAGCUCAAGUGCAGGUUAGCCCCAGAAAUUAAACAUCUUAAGUCUUUGUACCCUAAGAACAGUAUCAACCCUUUUCCUAUUCAGACAACGUCUGGUGGUCGAAAGCCGAUGCUGAGUGCUACUGUGUUCCCUUCCGUGAACAGCCCUAGCCGUGCUGCCUCGACCACCUUCUACGGUAGUGAGAACUCGACCACCUUCUACUGUAACGAGGCUAUUAGCCGAAUCUUGGGGAAAGAUUUGACCUGCAUGCCUGUAGUGAGCAAAUCGCAAGCAGCCAGCCCCGUUCCGAAGAGGAAUUUCCCUUACAAAAGCACCAAAUCUGGCACUACAACGCCCAAGCCAAAGAGCUAUUACAGCCUUUAUUCCUCUCAAGUACAAACAUCGCCAAUCAAACCAGAGGAUAGCACGCCUCCAAAAAAUAUAGGUGUUGAUGUGUUGAGAGAUCUGAUCAAUGCAGCUGUGCUGAUUGACACAGACAUUGAAGGACUCUACAACUCUUACUGGAGUCAAAGCGAGCCACAUUGUUCACUGUGCACAGCCUUGUGCACCAGAAAAAGCAAAAUGCAUGACCCCAUGCCCGAUGACUGGAAAAAGUACAACUACGAAAGCAUCCCUGUUUACCAGAGUGAAAUUUGGUCACCUGCCUACGUCUUCAGCAGAAAACUGAAGGAUCAUAGCUCUGAUCAGAGCUUCGAGUUUGGCACCCAAAUCAACAAAUCGCCUCUGUUGACCUGCGAGAAAUGCAAAGUUUGUGUGCACGCUUCUUGCUAUGGAGAGUUUAGGACUGUGUUGCCCGGCCAGCCUUGGUGCUGUGACAAGUGCCGGGUGCAUAUGAGUGGAGCGUCUUGCUGCCUGUGCCCCAUUCCUUGGGGUCCACUGAAGCGUACAAGUGACAGGCGUUGGGCCCACCUUCUCUGCUCACUGGCCAUUUACGAGGUCAACUUCAUGGGAGAGGACAGGGAACCAAUCAAUGUGCACAAUAUCAACCAAGAUAGGCAGCACUUUAGCUGCUCAUACUGCAAGGGUUCCGGCCGUGGUGUUUGUGUUGAGUGCUGCCACCCUCUCUGCAAAGUUGCUUUCCAUCCCACCUGUGGAAUGGUCUGCGGCGCCAGGUUUUCAAUCAGCAAAGGGCCAACAGCAGUUCACGUUCUCGCUUCGUGUGCCGAUCACACUCCCUGUCCAGCCAAGGUGGCUACGAAAGUGUUGAAGAGGCCUAACAUUGGAGACCAAGUUUGGGCGAGGCACCCUAACGGCAGUUUUUACAGUGGAACAGUGGAAUGCGUGGACGAGAAGAUCUUUGCAUGGAUUGCUUAUGCAGAUGGAUCCUUCUCUAAUGAGACUGAGCCUCAGUUUGUCUCAUUUGGCUCAUACUGCCGAGACAAGCAACUUCGCAGUGGACUGCGUGUCGACGUUUUGAGUCCACAAGGCGUGGCCUACCAAGGAGACUAUGAGGGCUCUUCAUUGGCCCUUGUAUACACUGUGCGCACGGAGUCGCUACUUAUUACUGGCGUAAGGGACAGUGACCUGAUUGAGUUUGGCAAAUCCGAGCCUGCCCUCGUAGAGGAACAGGUGAAACAAGAGGUUCCUGAGGAAGCCACAAUUUCUUCGACUACAUCAUAAUGUGCUCGCAACUAACUUGAAAUUCUAUUCCACCUUCCAAUAAGCAAUUUUGUACAAUAGCCAUAAUUUCAAUUAUUCCUUUCUGUGACAAAGUCAAAGAGUUGAUUUAAAUCCCAAUUAAGUGAAUCCCAACGUCCAGACAUGGAAUUUGUAUUUAGAGAUGAUUUCACAUUCAAUAUUAAGUGUUUGUUUCGCUUGAUCGUAACUCCUGUUUUAACUGCAAGAUCUCCGUUUUUUGUUUGUUAAGUGUUAAGAGAAUUUAUGAACGCACGCUGAAGAUUAGAAAAUUAAGCCAAUUAUGCAAAGUUUAGUGUAACUUGCUUAGGAAAUUGAUUGAAUCUAUAAUUUCUUGUUGCUGUCAAGAGUUUGACUAUGUAAGGAAAAUUGUAAAACAUGUUUCUUGUGAACGAAUUGGAAUUAUUGAAUCCGAAUAAAUCUAAAUAAUAAUUAUCUGCAAA